AUGCAUACACAGCUAUCAGACGUCGAUCCCGACGCUCAAUGUACCCCAAAUGUCCCCCGAUAUCCGAAAAUGCAAUACCAGCGAUUGGGCAAUAGCGGGCUCAAAGUCUCCCGCAUAAUCCUAGGCUGCAUGAGCUAUGGCAAUCCGAACUGGGAGGGAUCUCCUUGGGUUCUCGGCGAAGAAGAGUCUCUUCCACUACUCAAACGAGCCUACGACUUGGGAAUUAACACCUUCGACACGGCCAAUACGUAUUCCAACGGAAAUUCCGAAGCCAUUAUUGGAAAUGCCCUGUCAAAAUACUCCAUCCCACGCAGCAGGGUAGUUAUCAUGACAAAGCUCUACUACCCUGUUCUCGAAGAUAAUCCUGACUCGCGACCGAACCCUGCUAUCAAUGAUGGUCCUCUCGUCAAUCAGAUGGGUUUAAGUCGCAAGCAUAUCUUUGAUGCUGUGGAAGGCUCCCUGCGACGAUUGAAGACGGACUAUAUUGAUGUCUUGCAACUUCAUCGGUUAGAUCGUGAUACUUCUCCCGAAGAAAUCAUGCGGGCGCUUCAUGAUCUUGUUCAGAUGGGCAAGGUCCGGUACUUGGGGGCGUCGAGUAUGCAUUGUUGGGAAUUCGCACGGCUGCAAUACACCGCAAAAAUAAAUAAUUGGACUUCUUUCGUCAGUAUGCAGGGCUUGUACAAUCUGCUUUAUCGCGAAGAAGAACGUGAGAUGAAUCCGUUUUGUGAAGCAGAGGGCGUUGGGCUGAUUCCCUGGAGUCCGUUGGCGCGUGGUCUCUUGGCGCGACCCUGGGAGGAGAAGUCAUCGCGAGCAGAGCAAGAUCAGAAAACAAAGCGAUGGUUUGUGGGCAAUCAGAACGAACUCAUCGUUAAACGAGUUGAAGAUUUAGCCACGCGCAAGAACUGCGCGAUUAGUUCAAUUGCGAUGGCGUGGUUGCUGAAGAAAGGUGCCUGUCCUAUUGUAGGGCUGAACAGCAUCCACCGGAUCGAGGCAGCACUUGAGACGCUGGAGGUAGAGUUAACAGACCAAGAGGUGUCCUAUUUAGAAGAGCUAUAUCAGCCUCUAGCCGUCCAAGCGAUAUAG